AUGGAACAGUACGGAGGCGAAACCCUGGGACGUUGCCAAACAUAUCCGCUUGAGAAUUACAAGAAAGGCGCUCGAGUAUGGCACCGUCAUCCGGAACUGGUUUGGAUUCCAGGAGAACUUGAGCACGAUGUGACGUUCGCUACGCGUACUAUUAGAAUACGUCUCGAGGACGAUGAGGUAGUGGAAAUACAAAUUUCGUCUCCAAAUCAGUUACCGUUCCUUCGCAAUCCUUCGAUUCUCAUAGGAAAAGACGAUCUCACCGCGCUCUCAUAUCUUCACGAACCAGCCGUUCUUCACAAUCUACAGGUCCGAUUUAUUGAACGUGAAUGCAUCUACACCUAUUGUGGGAUUGUUUUAGUUGCAAUCAAUCCCUAUGCAGACUGUCAACAUCUUUACGGAGAAGAAGUUAUACAGGUUUACCGAGGUGUAGGAAAGCAGGUCCGAGAACUUGAUCCGCACAUUUAUGCUGUCGCCGAAGAAGCAUUCUUCGAUCUAGCAGAAUUCAACAAAUGCCAAUCUAUAAUCGUAAGCGGCGAAUCUGGAGCCGGGAAAACUGUUUCAGCAAAAUUUGUUAUGAAAUACUUCGCCUCCAUUGCUGGUCAUCGUGUUGGUUCUGCUGGAAUAGAGGAUCGUGUCCUAGCUACAAAUCCUAUAAUGGAAGCUAUAGGAAACGCGAAAACUAUAAGGAACGAUAACUCGUCUCGAUUUGGCAAAUUUAUCCAGAUCAACUUCGAUGAUAAGUUCACCAUUAGUGGUGCAGAGAUGAAAACUUAUUUAUUGGAGAAAAGUCGUCUUGUGUUCCAGGCUCCGAUCGAACGAAAUUACCACAUUUUCUACCAACUAUGUGCAGCAAGGGAUCAUCCGUUGAUAAAAGAUUUUUCAUUGGGGCCCAGUGAAACAUAUUGGUACACCGCUCAAGGUGGGGAUAGUAAGAUACCAGGUGUCGAUGACCGAGAAGAUUUUGUAGAGACAGUGAAGGCUUUGGAUACAUUGGGAUUCUCCCAAGAGAAGCAAAGAGAUGUAUUUCGGAUACUGAAGGGCAUUCUUCUUCUCGGCAACAUUGAAUUCAGACCUGACGGUGAAAACUCUGUGAUAUCGUCUAUGAAUGCUUCUGAGAUUACGCAGUUGUGCAACGAUUUCAUGAUCAACGAGGCCGAGUUGAGGUUAUGGCUUACUGUUCGAGAAAUUCGUGCUGCUGGUGAAGUUGUGAGAAAGGGUCUUGAGCCACGUGAGGCGAUGAGGUCCCGCGACGCUCUCUCCAAACUUCUUUACGCACAAGUUUUCUCAUGGUUUGUGAGUCGGUUCAACGAUGCUUUGGUAGAGAAAGAAAGAAGGAUCAGCCGCAAUAAGAAGUUUAUAGGAGUGCUUGACAUUUACGGGUUCGAAACAUUCGAGGUGAAUAGUUUCGAACAGUUCUGUAUAAACUAUGCUAACGAGAAGCUUCAACAACAGUUUAAUCAGCAUGUUUUCAAACUAGAGCAGGAGGAAUACGAACGUGAGGAGUUGUCUUGGGUUCGUAUCGACUUUCACGAUAAUCAACCAGCUAUUGACCUAAUCGAAGGGAGGCCAGGCCUUAUAGACUACUUGGAUGAGCAAAGCAAGGUGGUGAACGGGUCAGAUGCGGCGUGGCUAAACCGCAUUAGCACUUGCCCGACACUCAAGAAAAAUGACCAGCUUCAAAUGCCACGCAUCAGAAGCACCAAAUUUAUAGUGAAGCACUUUGCCGCCGAGGUCCCAUACACCACAGAAGGGUUUUUGGAAAAGAACAGAGAUGCUGUAAGCAGGCAACUUCUUGAGCUCGUUGCUAAGACUAAGUUUUCAUUACUACGGGAAAUCCUUGGAUCAUCUGUUGUUGUUGAAGAUACACCAGGAAGGAACACCGGGAAAAAGACAGUGGCUGGUCAGUUCCGUGAUUCCUUACGAGAUCUUAUGGCGAUAUUAGGAACGACGCGACCUCAUUACGUACGUUGUAUAAAGCCAAAUGACGCAAAAGAAAGUUUCUACUUCGAACCGAAACGUGCGAUACAACAGCUCAGGGCAUGCGGUGUUCUGGAAACUGUGCGUAUAUCGGCAGCCGGCUUUCCUACCAGGUGGACUUACGAGGAGUUUGCACGACGAUAUCGUGUCCUCUAUCCUGAGGGGAAAGCUAUGUGGCGGGACAAACCGCGGCAGUUUGCUGAGAAGGCUUGUCAUAAAUGCCUAGAGGAAGGUAAAUUUGCCUUAGGAAAGACUAAAAUCUUCUUCCGAACAGGGCAAGUUGCUCUAUUAGAACGAGUGCGUGUGGAAACCUUAAGUAUAUCGGCUGUGCUUAUUCAAUCAUGCUGGCGUGGAUUUGUAGCUAGAAGAAAGUAUCAGACCAUGCGAAAAAGCUUACUUACCAUACAGGCUGCCACUAGAGCUUUCCUUGCCGUCAGACGUCUAUUCUACCUUCAGAUGCAUCGUGCUGCUAUAGUCAUUCAAACAGCGUACAGACGAUAUAAGUGUGAGAGUAGUUAUCGUAAGCUCCGAUGCGCUGUCAUUGCCAUACAGGCUCAAUACCGUGCCGCUAAAGUACGCGCUUACGUGGAGAAGAUGCGUUACGAGAAAUCUGCUAUUGUAAUUCAAAAGUACUGGCGCGGUUACCUUGUUCGUCGGUCUGAGAUUGAAAGACGACGAAAGAUUAUACUCGUUCAAUGCUGCGUACGUAGGUGGCUUGCGAAGAGACGUUUGCGAGAGCUUAAGAUCGAAUCACGGUCGGUACUUCAUCUUCAAAAACUCAACAGUGGGCUGGAGAAUAAGAUUAUUGACUUGCAAUUGAAGCUGGAUGCUGUGACAUCUGAGCGUAAUCGUUUGGCUUCGGCAGAACUUCAACUUGAGAAGCUACGAACUGAAGUGGCACUUUAUGAGUUAGAAAAGCGAGAAUGGAAGAAAGCUGCUCAGAAAGCGGAGGAACUAACCUUAGAAGUAGAACGACUUGAGACGGAAUGUGAUGUCAGAGAAGCUCAAAAAAGUGAAUUGGAAACAAAAAUCAACGAAAUGACUUGUCGCCUGGACCAGUUACGAGCGGAGAGUUCGAUACAAAUCACAGAUUUAACGGAUAAAUUGAAUAGCUCCUCCGCAGAUGCAACCACAUUUGAACAAGAGCUUCGAAAAACACAAAGUAUCCUUGCUAAUGAAAGCGAGAAACGUGCUGUAGCCGAACACGAGAUGGGUCUUAUGCGUGAACAACUGCUACAAAAUGCCAGUUUGCUUGCAUCACCGCACUUUAGCCGAGCUGGCAGCAUGAGGAGUGAAUGUGGACGACAACCAAUUUCUCUUUCUGGACCGGAGGGGAAUUCGAUUUCGUUCGGGGCAAGCUCAGGUGAUCUCGACGAAAUUGCUCUAAUCCUUCGCCAGCAGCAAAUGAUAAAUGAUCUUCGUAUGAGAGCUGAACAAUACCAACGUGAGAAUGAACGUCUGCGAAAUGUGAUGGAAGCCAGUUCAUUGGUGGAUUCACUUGAGAAAAGGACAUCAUUGCGUAGUUUUGAGUCGCAUAAACUUCAGGAACUGGAAUCCGCAUACUCACGCAUGAAACUGGAAAUUGAACGUUUAGUAGCAGAAAAAGCAGAUGCAGGCUUGGAAAAUAUGAAUGUGAAGUUGUUGUUUGAUCGGCUUAUCGAAGACAAUGACAGACGUCGAGAAGAAUCAGCUGAAUUACGAGCUAUGCUGGCCACUAGAUUCGAACGUCAAUCACUGGCAGCAGGAGGUUCUCCUCGACCUGAUUCUGGCCAUUGGUCUGCUGGUCAUUCAGACGAUGGCAGCGCUGAUUUGGACGAGGAAUUAUGCCUGGAACGGCAAUGUAGGCAGUUGAAAGCACAUGCAGAAAAUUUGAACCGUAUGCUGAUUGAUCGGAAUCGAGAGAUUGAAAAACUAGAGAAACGACUUUCGGAGACGACACCAGCAUUCAGACCAUCGGAAUGUUCAGUGGAGGAUGCUGUCCGUGAUGUUCAUGGUCGUCUUAAUUCAUUGACGGCGGAGAACUUGUCACUGAACGAGAAAUUAUCACGUCAAACGGAAGAACUCACAGAAGCUCGCGCUCAGCUGCGAGGAUACACUGGGGGACUCGGGUUGUCGCUGAAUAACACAGCGGAUUCUGAAGUGAUACGUCUGGAAACGUUAUCGAAAGAAGGUGUCGAACAUUCAGCGUUGCUUGAAGUGUUCAAUGUGCCAGAAUUUACUCGAAUUCUUAUUUGUGAUCUAAAACCUCGUCUGGCUCGUCUACUAACAAAAGCAUUCCCAGCGUAUGUGAUUCUAUCCGCAUUCCGAUAUUACGAUCAUGCGCAUGACGAAACGGCGCUCACCGGAUUGUUCUCUACGCUACAUAUUAUGCUUAAGGAUACGGUCACGCGUUCGCACGAUAUGGAUGUAUUGUCGUUAUGGUUGGUGAACACAUGGAGGUUGUUCAAUUUACUUCGACAAUACAGCGGUGAAAAAGCGGAACCGGAAUGGACUGCUGCAAAUACCGAGAAACAGAACAGUCAUCGACUACAAUCCUUCGAUAUCAGUCCAAUUCGGGAUCAGCUUCGACUACGGGUUGAGGAAUGUUAUCAGAAUCUCAUGAAACGGGCGAUUGAACCGAUUUUAAGCCCGAAAAUCGUACCGGGUAUUCUCCAACAUGAGACAACAAGCGAUGUUGGUGUACCUACCGGAGCUAAACCACAGAUACGUGAAAUAUCUCGUGAAGCGGCAAAAAAGGGGCUCGACGAUCUACUGAACUUUUUGAACUACGUUCAUGCGAAGCUAACAGUAUACGGUGCUGAUCAAGUGCUACUUGGACAAGUUUUUGGACAAAUUUCAAGCUGGAUAUGUGCUCUUUCCUUGAAUCAUUUAAUGUUCAGAAAAGAGUUAUGCAAUUUUGAAAAAGCUAUACAAAUCAAGCACAAUGUCACCGAAAUUCAAUCGUGGCUGUUCUCGAAAAGUCUCGGCGCAUAUCGUGAUGCGCUAGAACCGCUUGUGCAGGCAUGCCAUCUUCUACAGAGCCGAAAAGACGAGUCAAACAUUGAAACACUUUGCGGAGAGAUGACAAGUCGAUUGAAACCACGACAGGUGAUUGCGAUCCUCCAACACUACGCACCAUCUGAUAAUUUUGAAGAAAGAGAUAUUGACGCUGAACUGCUCGUAAUGAUUCAACGACGUCUCAAUGAACGAGCAGCGGCUAACGGUGAAACAGCUGAAGAUCAGAAUACAUUAAUUGUAAUGGGAACCUAUCUACAACCAUUUAAUUCACAACCAUUUGUUCAUUCUGAUUUUCCACUCGAGACCUUAUCCUUACCCACAUGUCUCCAUUUACAACAAGUCUGCCGACUUUUGUAG